UUUGAAAGGCAAACUGAAUGCAACUGCCGAUCGGAAUUAUCCCAUACACAUGCACACGCGCAUACAUACAUAAAUUAGCUAAGCAUAUAAUAUGCCCCUCCUCCUCUCCCCCCGCAGCUGAAGUUUGUAUUAAUAAACAGAACAUUUAGCCCAGCAGGUAGAUGAGAUCUGGCUAUAAGACGGUAAAUGGUAUUAGGAUGUUUAGCUCAGAUUUAAAUGGAUUCAAUAUGUCUCUUAUUUUGUUCUACAUUAUUUUUGAAAAAUCAGCUAAAACUAUUUUAGUCUUACCUACUAACAUCCUUUAUAGCUCCUUUUAGUUCCUAAAGCUAGCCUUUUCCAGGGCUUUUGUUUUUCAAGCACCCCUUGAACACGUAUCCCUGAAAAUCUAUUCAAUCGAAGUAGCCUACGUCAAAUACUUCCACUUAGUUGUGAGUUGUCAGACGGCAGUCGGUUCAGUGUUCAGUUUCAUAAGUUUAGUCAACCCGAGUAAAUCGGAGCUCUUUCAACAAAAUAAAAAAAAAAAAAAAAAAUAAAUUAACAAAAAUCUGAAAACCGAAAACUAGCAAACGCGACGCGGUGUUAAGAUGUCUAAUCAGAAGGAAAGAGGUGAUAACCUCAGUGCCUUCGGUGGCAGCCAACAAAACCCAUCGAGUACUAGUACGAAUACCAAUUACCAGAAUACUUUUCCCCGGAUUGACUCGGAAGUUCCUUCGACAUCGCGAGCUGCCCAAAAUCAGAAUUCUCCAAUGGAACCAGUAUCAGUACCAGUACCAUUGCAAGAUCUAUCAGACCCGUUGGCAGUGCUUGCCCUUCUGGAUCCUAUGCCUAAUGUUCUCGUCGAUAAUUGUUACCUAAGAGAAUUGGAAGCCAUGUUGAUGGAUAUUCAAAAUGAACCGAAGGAAGAAGUGGUAUCCGUGGAGCCGGAAGUACCAUCAGAUACUGAAACAAUACCAACCAAGAAGAUAAAGAUAAAAGCAAGUGAAGAAGUAUCAACUGCUAGUUUAAAUACUAUGGAAACUACUCAAAUUGGCCCACAGGAUAUAGUCAAAGAGCCAUCGAAUAUUACAAAAAAUCAAAAUGAUAUUUCUGCUACAGCUACUACUAAUCCAGCUGGAAAUACAAUAAGCGAAAUAAAUUCGAAUUCGAAAAAUUAUCCACUGACCGAUAGAGUAGUUUCCGAACCUACGAGGCGUAUAGCACAUGAACCAAAAAAUCGCAUACCAACACAGAAGCCUGUUAAUAGAACCUUGUUGAGAGCCAAGGAGGAGAAGGAAAACGAGAUGCCACUAAAGCCCAAGGCGACUGGAAAAGCUUCUAAAGCAGAUCCAAAACCAAUUUCGAAUACUUUUUCCGCUGCUUCAGUAGAUCAGCCUAAACCCAGCACAUCCUUUAAAGCUAAAACAGCAGUCAAGCGAGCUUAUACUAAGAUGGGCAGUAAGAAUGUAAUGGAAACCAACAUGCAAGCCCAAACUAAUGCCAAUAUCAUGACGAAAACCACUACUGUAGCAGGUAAAAGUGCAGCCGUUGCACCACCAAAUCCAAGUGUUCCUAUUAUUGCAGGCAAUGUGAGUAAGCCCAAUGCUCCGAGGCUUAAAAAUGAACCUAAGACUAAGCCAAUUAACAAGAGAUCGGUUAAAGAUGUGCCGCUUGAAACCUCACAGGAAACCGUUCCUCCUAAGGUACCCAAACCGAAGCCAGCAACAAAAAAUCCAAAGAAACCUGCAGCAUCCACCAAAACAACAGCCAGCAGCAAAGAACAAGCACCUAUGAAAGCCAUACCCAUGGAUACUACCCCCAUAAGCAUUCCACCCAAGGACAUGUCUAAGAUAGCGCCAGCUAAGCCCCAUCCGAUAAGAGCAGCUAUGAAGCCCAUGCCAAUGCUGGCACCAACAAAACCGAUGCCACUAUCCGCAAACCCACAAUCCAUGAAUCGAGUUCCUGAAGUUAUCAAACCCACUCCAAGGCCUAUAAGUAAGGGGAAGAACCUUGAAUAUAUGCUGGCACAGGAGAAAAAGAUGCAACAGAAGAUGCAACGAAAGUCUCGAAAGUCACGAAAGGCAGAAAAAAAUACUACGAUUGCAGAUGGCUCGAUUACUCAUCCCAGAGUAGGCCCUCUGCUCAGAUCACUUUCUGCUUCAUCAUCUUCAUCCGGUUCGUCCACCUCAUCCGGAUCAUCCAGCUCUUCUGGAUCAUCCAGCUCAUCUGGAUCAUCCAGCUCAUCUAGCUCGUCUUCUUCAUCCUGUUCAACCUGUUCGUCGGGUUCCUCCUCUUCAUCGAGCUCUUCCAAAUCAUCAAGAACCUCCAAGGCAUCCAGUUCAUCAUCAUCGAGUACCUCCGGAUCCAGUUUAUCCCGCUCAUCUUCUGGAUCAAGUUCUAGUUCGAGUUCCUCAUCUUCAUCAUCUGGCUCGAAGCCAAAAGUUUCUGCAGAUUAUAGAAACAGCUCGGAACUAGAUUUUUUUGUUCCUCCCAUAUCGUUGAGCUCCUCGAGCUCCUCAUCAGAUAUAAACGAUCCCGACGACGAUGGAAAAAUAAAUGGCACGGUUAAGAAUAGCCCCCAGAGCAAAUCGGAAGAAAAACCCUCCAAUGGUGCGAAUACUAAUGAUGCUUCACAAAAAUCCGAAGCUCCAAUAGCGGACAGUCUAGUUGAGCCUCCAUUACCUGGCUCAUCCAUUUCGAAGUCGAAGUCUCUAUCCCCCCUUAGAUCCUCACCAGAGAGCAAAGAUCCUGGCAAUGAUGGGAAAACUAAUGAAAAGCCCAAAUCUGAAGAUGUAAGUUGUUCGUCAUAAUAUCCGAUUUAAAGAUAGCUAAGACCAAUAUUUUUAUUUCCUACGGCAGGAUACUCCAAACGAAUCUGAGGAAAAAGCCUCUACUGCAGCGAAUUCGACUAAUGUCCAAGUCAAUCUCCCAGCUAAUCAAGCUGAGUCAGACUCGAAGCUGUUAGAAGUGUCGAUGGAUCCAAAAUCCAGCCCAAAACAAAAUGUGAUCACCACUAAUUUUGUGUUUUCUAACCCAAAUGUGCCACUGUGCAAUCCAAAGAUUGAUGAAUACGGCCCACCCAGAUCUCAUUUUUCUAAACCAGAUGCGAAGCUCUACAAUCCUAUACUUCCUAAAUCAGGUAUGGAACUUAAUACAGCGGGUAGUCUAGUUGGAAAGCCUUGGCCAUCAGGUCCAGUAUAUGAACCACAAAAGUCCAAAGUUUCAGUAGCCGACAGUCUAGAUGGAAAACGUUGGCCAUCGGUUCCGGUAUAUGAACCGCAAAACUCCACAGCUCCAACAGCUGGCAGUCUAGAUGGAAAGCCUUGGCCAUCAGGUCCAGUAUAUGAACCACAAAAGGCCAAAGUUCCACCAGCGGGAAGUCUGGAUAGAAAACAAUCCGAGCCAUUGCCAAAAUCUGUCCCUUCUGUAGGAUCAAAACCACAUGGUCCUCCUAUUCCAUUGAACUCCAUGCCCACCUCGA